AUGUCUUCGCAGCCAGCUCAUAGUACACUCCUCAUCCCAGGACCCAUUGAAUUCGACGAUGCGGUCCUGCAGUCCAUGUCCCACUAUGCAGAGAGCCACGUCGGCCCUGCCUUUGUCAAAACAUUCGGCGAAAGCUUGACCCUCCUCCGCAAACUCUUCCAAACCAGCGACCCCGCAUCGCAACCAUUCAUCAUCUCCGGCAGCGGAACAUUGGGCUGGGACAUUGUCGCCAGUAACCUGAUCGAGCGUGGAGAAGAAGCAUUGGUCCUUCACACCGGCUACUUUGGAGAUUCAUUCGCUACUGCAUUGGAGACAUACGGCGCAACAGCGACGCAACUCAAAGCACCCAUUGGUGACCGCCCAUCGCUCGCCGAGAUUGAAGAGGCGCUCAAGCAGAAACAAUACAAACUGAUCACAAUCACCCACGUGGACACAUCUACCGGUGUUUUGAGUGACAUCAAAGCCGUCUCCGAACUCGUCCACCGCGUCAGCCCGGAUACUUUAGUUGUUGUCGACGGUGUCUGCAGUGUGGGUUGCGAAGAAAUCGAUUUCGAUGCCUGGGGUCUCGACGUCGUUUUGACUGCCAGCCAAAAGGCGAUCGGAUGCCCACCAGGUCUCAGUAUCCUGAUGCUUUCCGGCCGCGCCAUCAAUGUCUUCAAGACCCGCAAGACAGCCCCCGCUUCAUAUUACGCUUCUAUCGCCAACUGGCAACCUAUAAUGCAGAACUACGAGGCCGGUAAACCGUCAUACUUCGCUACCCCGCCAACCCAACUUGUGCACGCUCUUCACACCACAUUGACCAGCAUCACGGCCAAGCCAGUGUCCGAGCGAUUCGCAAUCCACACCAAGACAUCAGACAAAGUCAAAGCCGCCGUUGCAGAGUUAGGAUUGACUCAACUCGCCACAAAACCUGAGAACCAAGCACAUGCCAUGACAGCCAUCCGCUUGCCGGAGGGCGUCACAGCACCUGACAUUCUUCCGGGAUUGUUGAAGCGUGGUGUCGUGUUUGCGGGUGGUUUGCACAAGGCUAUCGCGCCUACAUACAUUCGAUUUGGACAUAUGGGUGUUAGUGUGACGGAUCCUAACAGGAAGGAUAUUGAUAAUGCCAUUACGGCGUUGCAGGAGUCGUGGGCCGAAGUGAAGAAGGCUAAGGGGCUGUAG